GAGCUGGGGUCUGGGGGAGUCAGAGAGCAGAGAGCCCAGGAGUCCUCAGGCUGGUACUGGCUGUGCACGGGGAAGAUGAAGACCUCAAUAGCUGCCCUCUCCUGCCUCAUCCUUGCUGUCCAGGCUGCAGCUGAACACCUGAUGCCGAACCUGAAGAACGAACACUUCAUGUUUCACGGAGCAGGCUUUCACCGUCCCACUGACUGCUGCACCUCUUACACCCAAGUAAAAAUCCGAUGUGUAUCCAUGAAAGAUUAUGUAGAAACGACCAGUGCAUGUUCCCGGCCUGCUGUCAUCUUCAUCACCAAAAGGGAGAAGCGUGUCUGUGCUAAUCCCAAAGAUGAGAAUGUUCAGAAAUGCACGUUGGACCUGAAGCUAAGAUCAGUGGCCAAGGACCUGAGAACACUAUCUCUUGAGAAGAGAUACUUGAAGUAGGCCCCCUCACCUCCAUCUCUCUAGCCCAGACUACCUCCUAGGUGGGCCCUGGCCUGAAUUAUUUUUUAAAAAGCAACAAUUACUGUUCUGUUCUGGUUACAAAAGCAGUGCAUUAAUAAAGAGUAUCCAAUUUAACUUUAACUUUAAGAGGAAAAAGAAUCUGUCGGAAUUGCUGAACUUUGGAUUUGCGUUUUUGUCAAAACAAGACAUCAUAGUAGAGUUUUUUAAAAGCUAAAAACAUGACAUUCAAGUAUAGAUUGAAUAUGUGUCGAAGAUGUAUUUAACCCAUUAAUGAAGGAACAAUUAAACUGAUUCAAAGAUCA